CUCGAUGAGGAGUCCCUCGAAAGGGCCUUCCCAUCCAUGGGUCACCUUGAGUAUGUCCUCGCCGGGUCAUCACCCCCGGCAGAAAGCGCCCCCAACAUGUACGACAGCUUCGAAGAACCCCCGCUGGACCUAACUGCGCAUAUAUGCUCGGACUCGCUACGUCAGAGCGCUUACGAACAAAUGCGAGCAGUCGGUGGACGACUGAGACUUCUUGACGAAUUGGAAUCGGGCGUAAUUACAAUUGAUACUGCCGUUAAUACAUUCGCAACAGCAUCGGAAGCCGAAAGGAAUGUUUGCUUAUUUUGGGCCGCCUUUCUCAAGUAUGAUUAUUUUUUACAACCUCUCGUUGAAGCCGGCGCUGAUCCCUUAUAUUUCGACGCGCUCGGUUUGUCUCCUCUACACGCGGCCGCAUUUAGCGGCUCGACGGAGUGCGCCAAUUACUUGCUGUCUUGCGGAGCGGAUCCUAAUUAUAUGCCGAGAUGCUUCGUACCGCUUCAUUGUGCUGCAUUCGGGAAUUCUGUACAAGUGGCUAAUUUACUGAUUAAACAUGGCGCAUCUGUACAUGCGGCUGUGAAAUAUAUAAAUUGUGAAGGUGGCCUAUUACACUGCGCCGUUCGAGCUAAUUCUGUAGAUUGUUUAAAACUUUUCAUAUCACAUGGGGUCGACGUCAAUCAAAUUGAGCCUGGUGGCACAAACGCCAUCCACCUUGCCGCAGAUCUUGGAAUGAUUCAGUGCCUCGCAAUAUUGUUGGAAACACCUGGAGCCGAUCCUAAUGUAAGAACAAGAGUGGGUGACCGAGAAUCGACAGCACUACAUUUAGCAGCUGACGGUGGUUUUGUCGAAUGUGUGGAUUUACUUCUAAGUAAAGGUGCAGACGCCAGCUUAAAAAACCAUCGAGGAUUUACUGCCUUACAUCUUGCAGCGCGCUCUGCGAGUCUAGAAUGUGUGGAGUCAUUACUCCGGAAAGGAAAUGCUGAACCGAACUCAAUGGAUUUCGAUAAAAGAACGCCUCUUCACGCCGCUAUUGGCAAGUCAGACAGUGCUUGUGACAUCAUCGAAACGUUGAUAAGUUGGGGAGCAAAUGUCAAUCAAAAGGAUGAGUAUGGUUUCACGCCAUUGCACUUAGCUGCACUUGACGGUCUCUCUGCUUGCGUUGAGACAUUAAUUUACCACGGUGCUGAUGUAACGACGCGGUCUAAAAAAGGAAACUCAGCGCUUAAUGUAAUCGCCAGAAAGACACCCGCAUCACUUGCGAUGGUAACGAGGAAACUGGACUGCGCAAUCACAUUACACCACUCACAAACGAGCAACCGAGAAGUUGAACUUGAACUCGAUUUCCGCAGCAUACUUCAGCAUUGCUAUCCGCGAGAAAUAAGUUAUCUUAACACAUUUGUAGAUGAAGGUCAAAAAGAAGUACUUCUACACCCUCUAUGUUCUGCGUUUCUUUAUAUUAAAUGGGAGAAAAUACGCAAAUACUACGUAGCUCGUUUAUUUUUAAGCUUUAUAUUCGUUCUUUGUUUGACACUUUAUGUAUUAACCGCACUUGCACACAAUUGUUAUAAUGGAAGCAAAGAUAUGGAAGAGACGAUUCAAGAACAGGAGCUAUGUCAAAAACAGUCCAUACUCGGAGAUUUACUUAGGAAAAAUCCAUUCGUAAUAGAAAUGCAAUGGUGGGUGCUUGCUGGUAUAACAAUUUUUGAGAUAUUCAGAAAGGUAUACGGCAUCGCAGGCUAUUCUACCGUUAAACAGUAUUUAAUGCAAUCAGAAAACAUUAUUGAGUGGUUUGUUAUAGUGAGCGUGUUUUUGAUAUCCUAUAUUUACACAAAUAUAACAUACACGUGGCAGAAUCACGUGGGAGCCUUCGCAGUUCUCGCUGGUUGGACAAAUUUAAUGAUGAUGAUCGGUCAGCUACCAGUUUUUGGGACGUACGUCGCUAUGUAUCAGAAAGUACAGAAGGAAUUCGCAAAACUACUAAUGGCUUAUUCCUGCAUCCUCAUCGGGUUCACGAUAAGUUUCUGCGUAAUAUUUCCCGAUUCGUCAUCGUUCGCUAAUCCCUUUAUGGGUUUCAUAACAGUUUUAACGAUGAUGAUAGGAGAACUCAAUUUAGAUUUAUUAUUAAAUGAACCAGAUGGAAACGACCCACCGGUGUUGUUGGAAUUCUCUGCACAAAUAACAUACGUCCUUUUUCUUAUGUUCGUUACAGUCGUGCUUAUGAAUUUACUUGUAGGUAUCGCAGUUCACGACAUACAAGGAUUAAGAAAAACCGCCGGCCUCUCUAAGCUCGUCAGACAAACGAAACUGAUCUCUUACAUGGAACUGGCAUUGUUCAACGGUUAUUUGCCCAAGUGCCUUUUGAAAAUUUUACAUUCUUCCGCUCUCGUAUCGCCACAAGCGUACAGAGUAGUUCUUAGUGUAAAACCAUUGAAUCCAAGUGAGAAACGUUUACCGAGAGAUAUUAUGAUGGCAGCGUACGACAUAGCGAAAAUGAGGAAACAAUAUGGUCACACAAUAUCUUCGAAUGGAUCAACUACAGGGGCGUAUUCGUGUUUCAAAAAGUAUGAAAAUAACAACGAUUCUGGCUACCGGGAAUAUGGAUAUUCAUCAGGUCUUGGCAAUCUUCAAGCGAGAUUGGAUGAAACGUCAGAAAAUGUUCGUCAGCUAACGCAAGAGGUUAAGGAAUUGAAAAAGCUUAUAAAUGCACAACAGCUUGUAAUACAACAGGCACUGGCUGGCGCGAUAGAUAACCGUUGAUGAUAUAAUGGAUCGUUUAUAUUUCAAUGCCAACGGUACAAGUCAAUAAACUAUGGGGAAAGGUAAUUGUUUAUUUACGUUUAGAACCGUGAACGAUCAAGAACUUAAACGGAUUUUUUUCGAUUUUGAAUGUUUUUAAAAAUUAUGUUUAUAAAAAACGAUGAACUGUGAUCGGAAAUGAAAUAGUGCGUAAGGAUUUUGUGAUAUAAUUUAUCAUGAGAAUAAAUUUAUUUUUCAUAAUGUGUA